UUGGUGUUUAGGGUGCCAUGGCAUUGCAAUGUUUUGCCACCUCAGAAAUAAAAAAUGAGUGAAAGUGAAUAUUGAGGAACAUGAGAAGGGGUGGUGGUGGAGGACACGGUGGCGCUAAGAGAAAGAGGGAAAAGCAACUUCCUUUUCAACCAAAUAGUGCCAACGCACACUCUUAACUCUUUCCCAUAACCACCCCACACCAUUCACAGAUGCAGCAGAUUCUCUCUAAGACUUCAUCUGCCAUGGCCACUUUUCCUUGUUCCAGGGUGAGAAGUGGGUUGUGCGUGUGGCCAAAUGUGAGACAAAUUUGCUUUAGAAAAGGCAUUCUGUAUGGAUUUAUGCGAUUGUUUUCUACACCAUUGAAAACGCUGCGUGGAGCAAGUCGCACGCUGAGGGUGGCUCGAUUUUGCAGUGUUGUGAAUAUGUCUUCCUCGUUACAGAUUGAAUUGGUACCUUGCCUGAAGGACAAUUAUGCUUAUCUUUUACAUGAUGUGGAUACUGGUACGGUUGGUGUUGUUGAUCCUUCUGAAGCUGUGCCUGUCAUAGAUGUCUUGAGCAGGAAAAAUCGAAAUUUGACUUACAUACUCAACACUCACCAUCAUCAUGAUCACACUGGUGGAAAUGUUGAAUUAAAGGCGAGAUAUGGGGCAAAGGUGAUUGGUUCAGGAACUGACAAGGAAAGGAUUCCUGGCAUUGAUAUCUAUUUGAAUGAUGGUGAUAGGUGGAUGUUUGCUGGCCAUGAGGUGCGUGUAAUAGACACACCUGGUCACACCCGAGGCCAUAUAAGCUUCUAUUUUCCUGGAUCUGGGGCAAUUUUUACUGGAGAUACGUUGUUCAGCUUGUCAUGUGGCAAGCUCUUUGAAGGAAGCCCUCAGGAGAUGAUGUCUUCUCUUAAAAAGAUCAUGUCCCUGCCAGAUGAUACAAAUAUAUACUGUGGACACGAGUAUACAUUGAUGAAUACAAAGUUUGCAUUGUCUAUAGAACCUGAAAACAAAGAACUUCAAUCCUAUGCUGCUCAUGUAGCUUACCUUCGAAGUAAAGGCUUGCCUACGAUUCCCACCACACUGAAGAUGGAAAAGGCUUGUAAUCCAUUUCUUCGUACAUCCAUUGCUGCAAUUAGGCAAUCAUUGAACAUUGCAACCACAGCAAAUGAUGCAGAAGCCCUUGCUGUCAUUAGGCAAACAAAGGAUAAUUUUUAGAAUUUUUUUUUUUUAAUUUAUAUUGUAUAAGUCUUGAAACUUGAUCUAUAUAGGGUUAGGGUACGAAUCCAUCUUUGGAAUAAUGUGUGCUUGAUGCUAUCUUUUCAAUACGAUUUCAGAAUUUUGUUCUUGAGUUCAUUUGGGAGUUGUGUAGUUGAUUCCAGAGAAAAUAAUUUUGCGAUUGUGAAGUGUAAUUGAAUUGAGGCAUGUUCUUAGGUUAA